UGAAGGAGUAGGAGAAGGCAAUAGACAUGAAAAAUCGUCUCUUAUCAUCAACAAUAUUCAGCUUCUUCUACGUCUUGUUAGCUGAAGGAAAACACAUGUCAACUGUUCUUACGAUCUGUUGGAGAAAAGGGAGAGCACUUAUUGAUUCCGAUUCUUAGUGAUUGAGGAAGACACGAUAUGUUAACAGUCUGAUAUGGCAUCUUCAUCUGCUGUUGCUCAUAAAAGGAAGUAUGAUGUGUUCCUUAGUUUUAGAGGCAAGGAUACGCGCAAUAAUUUUACCAGUCAUCUCUAUGAUGCUCUGUGUCGUAAACAAAUCAAGACCUUCAUAGACGACGGGCUUGAAAGAGGAGAAGAAAUUACGGGUGCACUUCUGAGAACAAUUGAAGAAUCGAGAAUUUCAGUGAUAAUAUUCUCAAGAAACUAUGCAUCUUCUCCAUGGUGUGUGGAUGAACUGGUGAAGAUACUUGAAUGCAAGAAGGCAUACGGGCAGAUUGUUUUACCAGUUUUCUAUCAUGUGGACCCGUCUGAUGUUGAUGAACAGACAGGGAGUUUUGGGAAUGCGUUUGCUGAGCUUGAAAGAAAUUUUAAGCAGAAGAUGGACAAGGUUCCAAGGUGGAGAGCUGACUUAACAAGUGCUGCCAAUAUAUCCGGAUGGGAUUCACAGGUUACUAGGCCUGAGUCGAGACUCGUGGAUCAAAUUGUGCAACAUAUUUUGAAGAAAUUGAAUUAUGCAUCCUCAAGUGAUUUGAAGGGCCUGGUUGGAAUGGAUUCACGUAUGAAGCAAAUCGAAGCCUUGUUAUGCACACAGUUACCGGAGGUUUGUUUUGUAGGAAUUUGGGGCAUGGGUGGUACUGGUAAGACAACCAUAGCUGGAGAGAUUUUCAACAAGAUCGCAAGGGAAUAUGAAGGUCACUAUUUUCUUGCAAAUGUGAGGGAGGAAUCAGAAAAGAAUGGAGGAUUAUUUCGUAUGCGAGAUGAACUUUUCUCUAAAAUAACAGAGGAAGAAAAUCUACAUAUUCGCACUCCACGUAUUGGACUCCCUUUCAUUAAAGACAGGAUCUGCCGUAAAAAGAUUCUGAUUGUUUUCGAUGAUGUGAAUGAUGUAGAUCAAAUUGAAAUGUUACUUGGAGGAUGUGAGUCGUUUGGUCCAGGAAGUAGAAUUAUCCUAACAUCUAGAGAUAAACAGGUCCUUAAGAAAUAUUCAGACAAAAUAUUUGAGGUUGGGGGACUGAAUUACCAGGAAGCUCUUCAUCUCUUUAGUUUGCAUGCAUUUAAGGAUAACCAGAGCCCAAAAAAAUUUAUGGACCUGUCUGUGAGGGCAAUAAAUUACGCUAAAGGGAAUCCAUUAGCUCUUAAAGUCUUAGGUUCCUUUCUAUUUGGCAGAACGACAGAAGAAUGGGAAAGUGCAUUUAAUAACGUUGAAAAACUAACUCGGCAAAAAGUUCAUAGCGUGUUGAGAAUAAGUUAUGAAGCACUUGAUAGUGAAGAGAAGAGUAUAUUUCUCGACAUUGCAUGUUUCUUUAGAGGGCAUCGAGUUGAUUUUGUGAAGCGGAUACUAGAUGGCUGCGGUUUCAAAACAGAUAUUGGAUUUAGUGUUCUCAUUGACAGGUGUCUCAUUAAAAUUUCAGAUGACAAGGUUGAAAUGCAUGAUCUUUUGCAAGAAAUGGCCCAUGAAGUUGUUCGAAAAGAAUCUCUUGACGAGCUAGGAGGACAAAGCAGAUUGUGGAGUCCUAAAGAUGUAUAUCAAGUGUUGACCAAUAAUCUGGGAACUGGAAAAGUUGAAGGGAUAUUCUUGGAUGUUUCAAAAAUAAGAGAAAUCGAGUUGAGUUCUACAGCCUUGAAAAGGAUGUAUAAACUUAGACUGCUAAAAAUUUAUAAUUCUGAAGCUGGAGUUAAAUGCAGAGUGCACCUUCCUCAUGGCCUCGAGUAUCUUUCUGAAGAGUUGAGGUAUCUCCAUUGGGAUGGAUACCCUUUGACAUCUUUGCCUAGAUUUUCGUCUAUUCAAUUCUGUACAAGUUUGGUUAAGGUUCCUUCAUCUAUUCAGCAUCUGGACAGGCUUGUUGAUUUAGAUUUGAGAGGCUGCAAAAGACUAAUCAAUCUUCCCAGUAGAAUUAAUUCAAGUUGUCUAGAGACUCUGAACCUUUCUGGUUGUGCAAAUCUCAAGAAGUGCCCAGAAACUGCAAGGAAACUGACAUAUUUAAAUUUAAAUGGGACUGCUAUUGAUGAGCUUCCCCGAUCAAUUGGGGAACUCAGUGGAUUUGAGACGUUGAAUUUGAAGAACUGCAAACUCCUAGUGAAUCUUCCAGAAAACAUGUAUUUGCUGACAUCUCUUCUAAUUGCUGACAUCUCUGGCUGCUCUUCUAUCAGCAGGCUUCCUGAUUUUUCAAGUGAUAUAAGAUACUUGUACUUGGAUGGAACUGCAAUAGAAGAACUGCCAUCUUCAAUUGGUGAUCUAUGGAAACUCUUUUAUUUAUAUCUAGCUGGCUGCAACAGGCUGAAGAAUCUGCCGAGUGCGGUUUCUAAGUUAGUAUGGCUUGAAAAACUAAAUCUUUCUGGCUGCUCAAGUAUCACGGAGUUUCCAAAGGUUUCAAAUAAUUUAAAGGAGCUGUAUUUAAAUGGGACAGCAAUACGAGAGAUUCCCUCCUCAAUAGAAUGUUUGUUUGAUCUUGCUGAAUUGCACCUGCAAGACUGCAAACAAUUUGAGAUUCUUCCAAGCAGCAUCUGCAAGUUGAGAAAACUGCCAAGGCUUAAUCUCUCAGGUUGCCUCCAAUUUAGGGAUUUUCCAGAAGUUUUGGAGCCGAUGGUAUGUUUGAGAUAUCUCUAUUUAAAACAGACACGCAUAACAAAGUUGCCUUCACCGAUUGGAAAUCUGAAGGAACUUGCCUGCUUGGAACUGGGAAACUGCAAAGAUCUAAUAAACAUCGAAUGUCUUGGUGACUUGCAAUUGCCCAAGAGAGGCGUGGAUUUAGAUUGUUUGCGUAAGCUAAAUCUAGAUGGUUGCAGUCUAUCGGAAGUGCCGGAUAGUCUUGGUUGUUUAUCGUCACUGGAAGUGUUAGAUCUAAGCGGAAACGAUUUUCGGAGAAUACCUAUAAGCAUCAAUAAACUCUUGGAGUUGCUAUAUCUAGGAUUAAGGAAUUGCAAGAAACUUGAAUCAUUACCGGAGCUUCCACCACGGCUAUCAAAGUUGGAUGCAGACAAUUGCGAGAGUUUGAAUUAUCUAGAAUUAAGCUCAUCAAAUGUAGUUAAGGGGAACAUUUUUGAAUUCAUUUUCACUAAUUGCUCGAGAUUGCGUUGGAUCAAUCAAAUCUUGGCGUACUCAUUAUUGAAAUUUCAACUUUACACCAAAAGGUUAUACCUUCAGCUGCCCGAUGUUCCAGCUGUGCCAUCUAGUUUCUGCCUCCCUGGAGAUGCGACUCCGGAGUGGUUCAGCCAUCAAAGUUGGGGAUCUACAGUAACAUUCCACCUAUCUUCAAAUUGGGCUAAUAGCCAGUUCUUGGGUUUCUCUCUUUGCGCUGUCAUUGCAUUUGGUUCUGUCGGCCAUAGUUUGCAAGUUAAAUGCACAUAUCACUUCAGCAAUAAGCGUGGUGAUAGUCGUGACCUCGAUUGCUAUCUCCAUGGUUGGUAUGACGAGAAGCGCAUCGACUCAGCACACAUAUUGGUGUGGUUUGAUCCCUGUGUGGUUGCCAGAGAAGAUUAUAUGUUUAGUGAAUACAGUGAGGUCUCAAUUGAAUUCCAACCGGAAGAUAUGAAUGGUAAUCUCUUACCAUUAGAUCUUUAUCAAGUGGUUGAGUGUGGGGUUCGUCUCCAAGCCAAGAGAGCAAUGGUGGUAGACGUGAGAUGGGAGAAUGGUUUUGACAAUG